AUGGGGCAGAUUACAUCUAAACGGAAUGUACUGACCCGAGGUGUCCGCUUCUCGACUAAUGAAGAAGGACCUCCCAGGUACUCAUCGCACCACUUUGACAGUGGCUUACGUCGGAAUAGUGACCUUCAAGUUCAUUCAACCACUGUUGUCCCUGAUGAGGAGUCAAGCAGUACAUCAGAGCAUCGCAGCUCGGGGCCAGAGUUGUUCAGAUCCUCCGUUUACAGCACCAUGGACCUGGUGCCCCAGCUGGAGCAUUACGCUAAUUCCGUUCCAUGUCAGAUGAUAAGAAACAGGCCGUCUCUUGAAACCCUCCGCAAGACAUUUGAAGUGGUGGAGACAGGUAUUAAUGGAAGAACCACCUCAGACUCGAGCAGCCAGUCAGCACCAGAUCUUGGAAAUGAAGAGUCCCAAGAUCCUCCAGAGAAAACUCCGAUUAGAUUUGGUUGGGUCCUUGGAGUCAUGGUUCGUUGUAUGCUCAAUAUUUGGGGGGUCAUCUUGUUUCUCCGGCUGUCAUGGAUCACCUCUCAGGCAGGCAUUUUAUUGACGUGUGUCAUAAUUUUAAUGUCUGUGGCGGUGACAUCUGUGACUGCGUUAUCCAUUUCUGCCAUUGCCACCAAUGGGAGGGUGUUCGGAGGUGGAUCGUAUUUUAUGAUCUCCAGAACUCUUGGUCCUGAAAUUGGAGGACCGAUUGGGAUGGUUUCGUCUUUUGGUAAUGCACUGGCAUGUGCACUCAAUACAGUUGGUUUUGCAGAGGUUGUUCGAGAUCUAAUGCUGGAGUUCAAUGUCGUCAUGGUUGAUUCAGUCAACGAUGUUCGUAUUGUGGGUGUGAUCACUAUAACCAUUCUUCUGCUCAUUUCACUGGCUGGAAUGGAGUGGGAGUCCAAGACCCAGAUUUUGUUCUUUCUUGUUCUUUUGAUCUCUUUUGCAAACUACUUUGUGGGUACACUAAUUCCCCCGAACACUGAUAAACAGGCUGUUGGCGUCUUUGGAUACAGAGGUGAUAUAUUUGUAGAAAACCUAAUACCAAACUGGAGAGGAUCCCAAGGAAGUUUUUUCCAAAUGUUUGCCAUUUUCUUUCCUGCUCCUAUCGGCAUUCUAUCUGGAGCCAACAUAUCUGGAGAUCUUAAAGACCCUGGUACUGCUAUACCCAAAGGCACCCUGAUGGCCAUUUUCUGGACAACACUCAGCUACCUGGGGGUAGCAGUAACUGUUGGAUCAUGUGUAGUACGGGAUGCUUCUGGGAAUACAAGUGACAUCCUGACUGGAAACAACACUGAUGGUUGUGUGGGACUGGCAUGUAGUAUGGGCUGGAACUUCACAAACUGCAUCCAGUCCCAGUCCUGUAAAUAUGGGCUAGCCAACAGUGCGAAAGUACUGGGGCAGGUUUCUGGUUUCUACUACCUCAUCACAGCUGGAGUCUUUGCAGCCAGCUUGUCCACUACUCUUGGAUUCCUAGUCACUACACCAAAAGGUUUUCAGUGUCUGUGUAAGGACAAAAUAUACCCAUACAUUAUAUUCUUUGCAAAAGAUUAUGGGAAAAAUAAUGAGCCCAUCCGAGCAUAUAUUCUCUGCUACCUCAUUGCUGUGGCCUUCAUUCUCAUUGCGGAGUUGAACACCAUUGCAGCACUAAUCUCCAACUUCUUCUUGUGCUCCUAUUGCCUUAUAAACUUCAGUUGCUUUCAUGCUUCUAUUACAAAUUCCCCCGGAUGGAGGCCAUCGUUUCACUACUACAGCAAAUGGACAGCUCUUUUUGGGGCAGUGAUCUCCGUGGUUCUGAUGUUUCUAUUCAGUUGGUGGGCUGCUCUCAUCACCUUCUGUAUCAUCUUCUUCCUUUUUGGAUAUGUUAACUACAACAAACCCAAAAUAAACUGGGGUUCAUCAGUCCAAGCAGGAACAUACAACAUGGCUCUGUCCUAUUCUGUCUCUUUGACGGGUGUGGAGGAUCACGUCAAAAAUUUUCGGCCACAGUGCCUUGUCCUGACUGGACCCCCAAACCAGCGACCUGCUUUGGUGGACUUUGUUGGCUCCUUCACUAAACAUAUCAGCCUCAUGAUCUGUGGAGACAUCAUAUUGGAACAGGACAGGACAACAAGGCCCCAUGAUGCUACAGAGAGCAUGGUAAAGUGGCUGAACAAGAGGAAGGUGCGGUCAUUUUAUACUCCUCUUUCUGCUGAAAGUCUCAGAGCGGGAGCUAAACACUUGUUACAGGCAUCUGGUCUUGGCAAGUUGAAACCCAACACAUUGGUUUUGGGCUUUAAGGGAAACUGGGGGGAGAGUACUCCUGAAAGCAUCGAGGAUUAUAUCAACACCAUUUAUGACACAUUUGACUCCAACUACUGUUUGUGCAUCUUGAGGAUGAUGGAUGGACUGGAUAUCUCUUUUGAUUUCGAAUAUGAAGUAAAUCAAAGUUUUGAGCCUGAAGAAACUGUGGAAAACCAGGACGAGCAAACCAUUGAUGAAGACGGAGCCGAUGAUGUGUUUGAUGAAGGGGACAGUGAUCAGAUCAAGACAGUGUUUCAAAAUGACCAGGGCAAGAAAACCAUUGAUGUAUAUUGGAUCGCAGAUGAUGGAGGUUUGACAUUGCUGGUACCUUACCUGUUCACCAGGAGAAAAUGCUGGCACAGAUGUCAAGUCAGGGUAUUCAUUGUGGGAGAUGAGCAGAACAUGGAGAAGAGCCGGAAUGAGAUGAUCACUAUGCUGAAAAGUUUCCGUCUGGACAUCAGUGAUGUUAUUGUCAUGGCAGGAAUUGAGAAACGUCCUCAUUCCAAGAGCUUGAGCAGGUUUGUGGACAGUGUCGCCCCCUUCAGGCUGUAUGAUGAGCAGCAGGAAGGCGUCUCGGUGCAGGAACUGAGACAAAAUGCCCCUUGGAAAAUAUCUGACAAAGAAUUUGAAGCCUUCAAACUUAGGUCACAGAGUAAAGUGAGGCUGAAUGAAAUCAUCCGAAAGAAUUCACAACAUACUGCUCUUGUUCUUGUGAGCCUUCCAGUGCCACCGAGUGACUGCCCCAGUGCUCUGUACAUGGCCUGGCUGGACGCUCUGACCUGUGGUCUCCACUGCCCCACAGUGUUAAUACGAGGAAACCAGCAAAAUGUCCUCACCUUCUAUUGCGAAUAA